AUGCUUCGUCAUUUAACAUUAACGAUUAUUAUUUUAAUACAAUUUACAGAACAAGAUUUAACACAACAGAACGAUACAAUUAUUGAAACAACAACAACAUUCAAAUUAUCAGUUAAUGAAAAACUGAAGAAAUAUCUCAAAGCAGCAUUAUCGAAACACAAAGCGAUGAGAACAACCAAUAUAACUAGUAACUUUACGACAUUAAACAAACCUAUACUUCCUCCACCAAAUAAAAUUUUUCAUGAAUAUUUACGAUGUCGUCAAUCAAGUUCAAUCCAUGGAUUACCUACUCCUAAUUCAUGUCCAUAUGAAUUCGAAGAAGAUAUUCGUGUUUGUUGGAAAGCAACACAUAAUGGUACAUAUGCAUCGUCUAUUAUUGACUAUGAUCAUGGUUUCAAUAAUUUUUAUCAUAAUGCUCGUUAUGGCAUUGAGAAUUGUACAUUACAACGUUUUUGUCAAAAUAAUGGAACUUGGGCAAUGACUGUUUCACCUGACCUUCAAUGUAAAACAUGUAUUGAUGAUAGACGACCAGUAAAAUUUAAUUCAAUCAGUAUUAUGAUUGAAACGAUGAGUUUAAGUUUAUCUCUUAUAUCUUUAACAAUUGCUAUUUUAUGCAUGCUACAUGUCAAACGAUUGCAUUUACCCCGAAACCUGCUUCAUAUGCAUCUAUUUCUUGCUUUUAUUCUUCGUUCUAUUGUUAAACUUAUAUUUAUACAUAUAAUUAUUGGUGGUUAUACGUAUACAAUGAUAACAUAUACACGGGAUAAAUGUGGAAAUAUAGAAAUUCUUUCAAAAUCAUCAAAUUUAUUUCAUGUUAUUGGUUGUCGUAUAUUAUCGUCAUUAUUUUGGUAUACAGAUGCUGUCGCACAAACAUUUAUAUUUUGUGAAGCUAUGUUUUUAUUUACAGCAUUAACAACUCAUUUAUUUCGUGAUCGUGGUUGUACAUUAUUUGUUCUAUGGGGUUGGUUAAGUCCAUUAGUUUGGUUAACAAUGUGGAUUGCAUCACAUAUAGUAACAGAUAAAUUAAAACAACGAUCAACAUGUUGGUUAGAAGCUGAUCAUACAACAUAUUUUUAUUAUUUCUUUUAUGUUCCAUAUGCCUUUUAUUUAAUUAUUAAUUUUGGUAUAUUUCUUUUUCUUGUUCGAUUACUUUAUUCAAAAUAUCGAUCAAAUUAUGUUUCAACACAUCGAACUGGAAAUCGACAUCUUAUUAAAUCAAUACUUAUAUUAAUUCCAUUAUUUGGUCUUCAUUCAUUAUUUGUUAUGUGGGUUUUUUACCAUAAAAAUCAAGGUCAUACAAUAUGGUAUUAUAUUGCUGUUAUAUUUAAAGCUAUUUUUGGUGAUCUACAGGGUUUUUUCACAUCACUUAUAUAUUUUUAUUUUAAUACGGAAAUUCGUUCGGAAGUUGUUCAACAAUUUCACCGUACUUUAUUAAGUAAUGAUGCUCUACGACGUAGUUCAGCUGGUGAUACAUUAUCAACACGUUUAUCUGUAUUUCGUAUAUCAUUAAAUCGUCGUCGACGUUCAUCAAAUCAAAAUCGUAGUGAAAAAUCUCGUAAAACAACAUUAUGUUCUUCACCACAAGUUUUAAGUACACGUCAAAUAUAUUGGAGAAAAUUUCUUGUAUUUAUUUGUCCUUGUUUAUUUAAUAAUAAUAAUAAUAAAACAUUAGAACAAGUAAAUGAACCACAACAACGAUUAUCUAUUAAACCAAUAAAUUAUCAAAAUGAAACAUUACCAAUUAUUCAAAUAAAUUUAACAUCUGAUGAUAAUAUAGAUGAUAGAAGAUCAUCUUUACUUCUUCAAAAACGUUCAUCAAAAGGUAUAAUUGAUAAUGACAGACCAACAUGUGAUACACUUAUUGCAAAAAAUGAAAAUGAUAAUGAAGAUUUAUCAACCGAUGCAAAUGAUGUUACUAUUAAUCAAACAUCAUUUGCUGGUGAACAAACAUCAAUUAUAUUAAAUAAUACAUCAUUACUAACACGUAAUGAUAUUAAUAAUCAUCAUAUACGAUCAAAAAGUACUGGAUGUAAUUCAAAUGAACGAGCAUCUACAUAUGUUGACGAUAAUAAAUCAUUAAGAUAA